GUGCAGUUUAGUCGUUGUCAACAGGGUGAGGGAGAAGACGGGUCGAAAUAAGUUGGUACGUGGAACUGAAUACACACACAUUACUGUGCGUGAAUCUUUGGAGCCCGUUUGGAAGUUUUGCUUUUUUCGUGUGUAUCCAGGCGAACAUGAAGGCUCCCACAAACGAAGCCCCAUGAGCACCAUGGACAUGUGAUACUUGACUCUGCUCUAGGCAGAUGCAAGUCCCAGGCUGGAUUGAAUGGCACUGAGGAUACAAGUGGGAGUAUUGAGAUGACCAGCCAGCAUCCUGGCCAUGGAGAGAGUACUCACUCCACGGAUAAACAGCCACCUGCCUUCACACCCAGGCUCCAUGUCCAGCGGCCUCUGUCAAAGGAGAACAUUACCAUCCACUUCUCAGCCCUUGGGAAGGAGGAAGAGGAGGAGGAAGAAGAGCUAUACUGUACAACUGUCUCCACUCCCUCAGCUGCCAUUUAUGACUCAGAUAUCGUGACAGCCUUAGAAGCAAGUGAGGAGAUGUUUGACGGGGUGCCAUCAGCCUCUGCAGCUGGAGCUGGUGUUAUUCCUGAAACAUCCAGACUUUCUUCCCCUUCAAGACAUCACACUAUCAAUUCUACCACUCAGACUCUGUCUUCAACCUCAACUUCAAACUCCUCUCCUACAAAAUCUUUGAGCUUUCCCUCCAGUGACAAACCUUUUCUAAGCCUAGCGAAGUCCAUCUCCUCUGAUGCCGAGUCACGUGAUGGGGUUUCCUCUAUUCCCGCACCAUCAGUAAGGCACAGGCAUCUCAUGAAGACUCUCGUUAAAUCUUUGUCUUCAGACACAUCCCAGGAUUCGUCCUCUUCGUCAGCAUCCUACCGUCUUCCAGAAUCCCGCCUUAACCUGCAACUCUUUAAGCAAUUUCAGUCCCGGUUAUCAUCUGCUGCCAUGUCAUCAGCUAGUGAUUCUAAAACUGCCCCCUCCUCACCGUUGACAUCACCAGAUAAUCGCAGCUUCUUCAAAGUCUCAGAAGUGGAGGCACGAAUCGAAGACACCAAGCGUCGUCUAUCGGAGGCAAUUUCUGAACCGCUUCAGCUGCUGAGUAAGAUCAUGGAUGAAAAGAGUGGCAACUUAGUUGGCAGCAGCAUUUACCGGCCCAAGGUACUUUCUGCCAGUGCCACAGAACUGUCAAGUCUUGGUUCUAUCAAUGGUCAAAUGGAGACUAACAAUAAUUACUGCAUUAAGGAGGAAGAAGGAACUGACUGGGAGGGUGAAAGCCCAAGCAGACAGGCCUCUGCUUCAGCAGAAUCCCCGCUGAGCACUGCCUUUGCCACUAAAAGUCCCAGCAAAUCAUCUUUGCUUUACAUGUCUGCUCUUGCGAAGCAGGCAGAAGAGGACUAUUGCAUUCUGUCCAAUGAGGAAUUUGAGACUUUUACAGACACAGAAGGUGAUGGUGUUGAUAAAACUGAUAAUACUGGAACCAGUAGUCUAACUAAAGUGCCACUAAGUGGUAGUACUGAACCCUGCAGCGAGGAUGAAUCUGAAUAUAUUGAGCCCCUACCUAGUGUUCCAUACUAUACUCUCAUCAUCCUUACUGUACUCCUCUAUGGGUGUUUUAUAUUGCCUCUGCCUAGUUAUAUUGGAGGAGUGCUGCUUGGGAUUGAGCUGGGAUUCCUUUUAGCCAUUGGUUUUGUGUGGCUGGCAGGACCAAAACGUUCUGGAAGGAACAACAUGGGACCUAGACAGCAUGGAAAGCUGCUCAAUAUGACCAAGUUGGACAUUAAGGAACCAGAUAUCUAUAAGGGUUGGAUGAAUGAGAUACAGAACUAUGACCCAGAGACGUAUCAUGCCACACUGACGCAGUCCGUGUAUGUCCGAUUGGAGGGAUCCAUCAUUCGACUGUCUAAACCCAACCACAACAUCGCCCGCCGUGCCUCACACAAUGAACCAAAACCUGAUGUUAACUACAUCAGUCAGAAGAUUUAUGAUCUUACAUACAGCAAAGUGUAUCUCGUGCCUCAGGGUCUCGCCAGGAAGCGAGUCUGGAACAAAAAAUACCCUAUCUGCAUUGAACUUGGCAGGCAGGAUGACUUCAUGUCAAAGGCAGAAGGUGAAAGAAUGGAGGCCAGUGAGGGCACACGGGAGAGAGGAGAGGGAACGGGAGAUUUCCAAGAGCGGAGAUCAUCAUCAUCAUCUUCUUCCAUUCUGACUCUCUACCUAUUUGGAAGGACUGGCAGGGAUAAGGAGGAGUGGUUCCAGCGGUUUUUGUCAGCCUCUAAGCUAAAGGUGGGCUUGAAGAAAAGUUCCAGUGUUGUAGGAAUUAAGAAGGCUUUGAGCUGUCACAGUCGCAACAGCAGCCGCAGCAGUCUGGAUGAAGCCCUGACAUCUCAGACCAAGUCAAAAGACUCAUCAGUCUCUUCCACAACAGUGGGCAGUGCCAAAACCAAGCCUCUGCUGGACUACAGUGUCUACAUGGGUUCCUUAAUGCCUAAAGAGUCUGCAGUCAGCCCUACAGCUGCCAGCCCUGUUCUUCAGAGUCCACAGAGCAGCCCUGGAGCUGAUAAGAAGCUUCAGAGCACCACAUCGGCUCAGGUGCAGCCCGACGGAGAAGAGGACGAUUCGGUUGCCUGGGUGAAUGCCACUGUAGGCAGGAUCUUCUGGGACUUCCUGACUGAGCCCUAUUGGAUUGAACAGGUCUCCAAGAAGAUUCAGAUGAAGCUCAGCAAGAUACGGUUGCCUUACUUCAUGAAUGAGCUCACCCUGACAGAACUGGACAUGGGCUCGACCACUCCCAGAAUCCUCAGGGCAUCUAAACCCUGCAUUAACUAUCGAGGUCUGUGGUUUGAUCUGGAGAUGACCUACAGUGGCUCCUUCCUGAUGACCCUGGAAACCAAGAUGAAUCUCAUUCGCCUGGGCAAGGAGGGAGAAAGCCUGCGCCCAGGUGAAUUUGGCAAAGAUGGAUACAGGCCACGAACUUACUGCUUGGCUGAUAGUGAUGAAGAGUCAUCCAGCGCAGGUUCAUCAGAUGAGGAAGACUCCUCAGAUGUUUCCAAUGAUUUGACUGGAGCGGAGGGCUUUGUUGGGGGACAUAAAUCGAGCAAGAUCAUGCGCUUUGUGGACAAGAUCACAAAGUCCAAAUACUUCCAGAAGGCCACAGAGACGGAGUUCAUCAAAAAGAAAAUGGAAGAAGUGUCCAACACACCGCUGCUGCUCACGGUGGAGGUGCAGGAGCUCCAAGGAACACUGGCAGUCAACAUUCCCCCUCCUCCUACUGACAGGAUAUGGUAUGGCUUCAGGACACCACCUCACCUGGAACUGAAGGCACGACCUAAACUGGGAGAAAGAGAAGUCACUCUGGCUCAUGUCACAGACUGGAUAGAGAAAAAACUGAAGCAGGAAUUCGAGAAAAUCCUUGUAAUGCCAAACAUGGAUGACGUGUGGCUGCUGAUCAUGCAUUCUGCCAUGGACCCACGCACAGCUGGUGGCCCUUUAGUUGGCCCCUCAGUGGACCCAGAGCCUUCCCAGCCAGAGAGGGAGAGCACCAGCCAGCCAUGAUGAUUGUUUACAGUAUUUCCUAACUAUUACAGGGUCUUAGAAUGGAAACCGGAGCCAAAGUCGAUAGGUCUGACGCUACUGUAACACAAACACAUUCCCGUAGAAAAGACUAUGAAUUCUACAAGAACAAGGUAGAGUCGACCAAAUAAACACUAAUGACAAACAAACUGUUGCUUGCUGCUCCCUUAAGUGGUAUUUAUCAGAGGAUAGAUUGAUUUGUCUUUUAGAGUUUAUAUAAUUGAGCAGGGAUGGACAUAUGAAGGGAGUCACAUUUGGCUCAAAACCGGGAGUGGGUUAAGCUAAUAAGAGGAGAACAUAUAAGUAUAUAAUGUGCUAUGAACAUGUCAAUGUGAAAGCAUUCACCACAUACCUUAUAGCCUGCACGUGACGAGACAGUGAGACGGCGCAUGGUAGGCUUUUUUUAGUUUAAAGACUGAGCAAGUGGAGCUCACAGCGUGACGUAUGUAGAUUUUUCUAGAGAAACAGGCGAAAUAAAUCAGAUACUUGAUGUUUAUUUACCAGAAAAGAUUAAACCUUUAAGUGGCUUUGUGUCAACGACUUUUAAUCAGGUGUUAACUUGCAGUAUUGAUUUGUGCUGUGACCAGAUCUUGAACACCCCGUUCACUUGCCAAACCCUGUUCUUUUUUUCUUUUUCCUUUUUUUUAUUAAUGCCACUGAUGCCGUUAUCCGUGUUAACAUGGAAGAAAUGCUCAAGAGCAAACAUGCGUAAUGUAGGAACUGUGUCGUUCACAACGUAAAUUUAAUGCUUAUGACAAGUACGCAACAAAUAAGUGCAAUGUUAGAAAUGCUACAUAGAAUUUAAAAUGAUAGAGACUAUAAGUGUAUGUCUGAGAAGUAAGAGCCCUGUAACACGUCUGCUGAAUGUACGUACGGGUGUUUGUGGCUUCAGUUGUUUUUGAAUGGGAACGUCUUUUCUCCCGGCAAAAGUUUGGCUGGGAUAUGCAAAUUAUUGCACAAAUGCUAAUGAAGGUUUUCUUAUGAUAAACACUAGCUCACCUUGCAUAUCAUUUUAGACAUGUCCUAUUCGAUAAUCGGGCUUACGGAGAGCCGAGUGGCUUAUUUAUCGAUGCACUUAACAGUUUUAAUUAAGAUAUGUGACAGUGCUUUAAAACGACUUUAACCUCCACACUGUAUGUAGAAGGACACUUCAGUGAAGCUAAGGUACAGACUGGUUCAUAAACCUAUUGCCAAGAAUGUGCACCCUUCUGGGGAAAAAAGAAAAAAAAGCUCUUUUUAACUGUGUUUCUAAUCUUAACCAAAGUCCUUUAAUUAGGCCCGUAGAGUUGGACUGCUCUUUCUGCUCACAGGUACACAUCUUGUAUUGACAAAGCAUUGUGAAGUGACAUUUACAGAUGUACUACAAUACAUGCGUUAAUGUUGAGGGUUUUUUUUUUUUCUUGUAUUUUGGAAGUCUAAGUGGGUUAUGGUUUCAGGUUUUGUGUCAAUGUUUUUGGUAUAAAGAGAAUUAAAAGAGAAUUUUUUUGAUGAUAUAUGUAAAGCUCAUGAAGUUAUUUGUAUCUGUGAAUUAUUCAUGACUUUUUAAAAUUUACAUUUUAAUUUUAAAGCCAAAUCCAGUGAUUAUGUGUAUCUGCCUUAUUUAUAGAGCAAAAUAAAUCUUGUCAAAGCUUUUUAUUGUCGUUUUAUG